GGUAGCACGUUCACGUUACAAUCACGCAGUAUGCCAGCAGACUCAGGGGAGGAUAAUCUCGCGGAAAGAGAUUUUUUGCGUCACGCCGAUCAUGACAUACACCGUUGGAUGGCACAGGCUUUUGAGAUGGCAAAGGACGCUCUGGAGAAUGGUGAGGUACCUGUAGGUUGUCUCAUGGUGUACAAUAACGAAAUUAUUGGUAAAGGACGGAAUGAAGUGAAUGCGACCAAAAAUGCCACGCGUCAUGCGGAGAUGGUGGCGUUGGAUCAGGUGUUGGAGUGGUGUCGGGUCAAGCAGAUGGGCUCUCAGAACGUGUGUAAACGGACGGCUCUGUAUGUAACAGUGGAGCCGUGCAUUAUGUGCGCCGCUGCCCUGCGCUUACUCAACAUUCCCCUGGUGGUGUAUGGCUGUAAGAAUGACAGGUUUGGAGGAUGUGGUUCUGUCUUGGACAUCUCGUCAGAUGAGCUACCUCAUACUGGAACACCAUUCAAGUGUAUCUCAGGCCACAGGGCAGAAGAAGCAGUGGAAAUACUGAAGACGUUUUACAGACAGGACAAUCCUAAUGCUCCCAAGCCGAAAAUGAGGAAAGAGUAG